UCAAUAUAUAUAUAUAUUUGUGUACACUUUUUAAAAAGAAGACAAAAGAAAAGAAAAAAAAAUAUUGAUUAUAACAAUGGCUAAUGGAAGAAGGUUGUUGCUCGCUAAGGCAAAUGAUAGUAAAGUAGGUUCGUUAAUUCUAAUGGCCGUAGUGUUUGGUUCUUGCCUGGCUAAUGGUGAAUAUCUCGGUGGCGGACGUGGCCUUUCCGGUAGUUCCGGCGCGGUCUUUGAUAUUACUAAGUUUGGAGCCGUGGGAGAUGGUGCCACCAACACUUUCAAGGCGUUUUUGAACGCAUGGAUCCAAGUGUGUGACAGCGCUGUACCGGCAACGCUACUUGUCCCUGCAGGACAAUACUUGGCUGGUCCAGUUAUUUUUGCUGGUCCAUGCAAGAGCAGAGUGACUGUCGAAGUUCAAGGCACGAUCAUCGCUACAACAAGUGGAUAUGCAACCCCCGAAUGGUUCUUAUUCGAGCGUGUCAACGAUAUCCUUCUCACCGGAACCGGCACAUUCAACGGCAAAGGUGAAGACAUAUGGAAAGAAGGUUGUGGCAAAAAGACCAAUUGUAAUCUUCCUCCAACGUCUCUAAAAUUCCGAAACUUGAAAAAUCUUGAAGUCAGUGGCAUCACAUCGGUCAACUCAAAAGCCUUCCACAUGUUCUUGGUGAAAACCGAGUUUGUCAACAUCCACAACAUUAAACUUCUCGCGCCUGCUGAAAGUCCUAAUACCGAUGGUAUCCAUUUGAGCAAUGCGGACCACGUUAGCAUCACGAACAGUAAAAUGGCGACAGGAGAUGAUUGUGUUUCAAUUGGUCGUGGUUCCAACAAUGUAACCAUCCAAGGUAUUAUUUGUGGUCCAGGACACGGUAUAAGUAUUGGUAGUCUUGGUAAGUACAAGAAGGAGGAGGACGUUUCCGGCAUUCACGUUAGCAAUUGCACGAUGAUACAGACCGACAAUGGUCUUAGAAUCAAGACUUGGGGUGGCUCAGAUCCAAGCAGGGCUGCGGACAUUAAAUUUGAAAACAUUCAAAUGCAAAGUGUCAAGAACCCAAUCAUCAUUGACCAAAACUACGGUUCAAGAGGCGGAGAUUCACAAGUUGCCGUAAGCGAUGUGUUGUUCUCGAACAUAAGAGGAACAACAAUUACACAAAAUGUUGUUCAGCUCAAUUGCAGCAAAUCGGUACCGUGCGCAGGAGUCAAUGUUGUUGACGUGAACUUGAACUACGUAGGCAAGAAAGGGAAAAAACAGUCGGCGUCAGGAGGUUUGGUUGGAGCUAUUUGUGACAACGCUAAGGUUGUCUUUGGUGGACAACUUAGCUUCCCAACGUGUGCCAAAUGAAUUUUUUUGGUAUAAAUAAUUUAAUAGUGAAAAUCAAAAGUUUCACAAACGUUUGUUUCGUUUGUUGGUUAGUUUGGAAAUUUAUCAACAAAAAAUAAGAAUUAGAAUAU